AGGAGCGGGGGGAAGUCCCGCCUCCGCCGCGCGCUGCCGGUGCGUGAAGGUGGGGGCGGCUCCCGGCGGGGUAAUUAAGCCCCGGGGGUAAUUAGGCCGGAGGGGCUGUUCCCGGCGGGAUUCUGCGAGGCUCAGGCCAGGGACGGCUAUUCCCAUCCCUGUGAGGGGGCAGGUAGGCCCCCGUGGCGGGCAGCCCUUAUCAAUGUGAGGGGAUUAAUUAGGCUGAGGGAGAAGGGGUCCUGUAUGAGGGGAUUAAUUAGGCUGAGGGAGGCGGGUGAAGCUCCUGCACGGAGGUUGUCGGGUGGGGGGGUUGCCUCUGGGCUGAGGAGGAGCACAAUGCAAAGAGCAUCACGACUGAAAAGGGAGCUUUCCCUCUUGACAACAGAGCCACCUCCAGGCAUCACCUGCUGGCAAAAUGGAACACAGCUAGAUGACCUGCGAGCACAAAUUUUAGGAGGUGCAGACACACCAUAUGAGAAAGGAAUAUUCGACUUGGAAAUAGUCGUUCCUGAAAGGUACCCGUUUGAGCCCCCCAAGAUUCGCUUUCUGACCCCUAUCUAUCAUCCUAACAUUGAUUCUGCUGGAAGGAUUUGCCUGGAUGUUCUUAAAUUACCACCAAAGGGUGCGUGGAGACCUUCCCUGAACAUCUCCACGCUGCUGACCUCCGUCCAGCUGCUGAUGGCAGAGCCCAACCCCGAUGACCCUCUCAUGGCAGACAUAUCAUCAGAGUACAAGUACAACAAGCAACUGUUCUUGCUAAAUGCCAAAGAGUGGACUGAGAAAUACGCAAGCCAGCAGAAGAGGGCUUCCAAGCCUUUGGAAGAGAGAAUAAACCAAAGCGAAACAAGUACCACCAAUGACUCUACUGUGCAGAAACGGAAAGGGACUAAUAUCAGCAUGAAGGAGAAGAAAUCUCGCCUGGAUUCCUAAGUGUUUUUUUAAUUCUUGUUGGGACUGUCACCUUUGCUUUCCCUGUCCUUUUCUCUUUACACAGGUAUACCUCAAUAUUUUAACCAAUAUGUAGCUGCAGCAGGCUUUGUUCUUCUAUUUCCUAGGGUUGUUUUUUGUGAAAAGUUUUAUUACAUAAAAUAGAAAGCUUUCAUUUACAAAUA